AUGGAAACUCUGCAGGUUAGUUUAUAUCAUACGUCACUGCUGCAUGACGUCAUCAGUGAACAGCUGGACGGUCUGCAGCUGCAGCAGCUGCUCGGAUCCGAACCAAACCUGAACCCGUUUGAUCACCGAACCCGGUCGGACUUCCGGACGGUUACCAGCGGGAUGGAUCCCUGCCCGGUGUCCGCGCGCGCCUCUCCGGUUCAGGACGCUGCUGCUGAACUCGGCAGCAUCCGGAUCAAGAUGGAACCAGACGGCGACGUGGAGAUCCAGUCGUAUCCGGUUCUGAAGAAACUGUCCAUCAAACUGACCGACUGCAGGUCGUGGCUGGAGGGGCGGGACUUCCUGUCUCUGGACGAUCACCCUCAGCUGUGCAGACUGAGGCAGCAGCACCCGACCAACACCGGCAGGAAGAUGGUCUACUGCCCCGAGUGUAAGAAAGGUUUCUACAAGUCUUCUCACCUGGAGGCUCACCUGAGAGUCCACCAGGGCCAGAAACCCAACGAGUGCUGGCAGUGCGGUAAGAUCUACCCGACCCUGCUGAGCCUCGUCAUCCACCAGCAGAUCCACGACCGCACCGAGCCGUACCGGUGCUCCUACUGCGACAAGACCUUCGCCCUGAAGCGGGACUGGAAGACCCACCACCGGACGCACUCGGGCACCAAACCCUUCAAGUGCUGGUUCUGUGGGGACGGGUUUGGCGGCCACGACGAGCUCACGGAGCAUCUGGGGACCCACGAGGGGGAGAAGUGCUACCACUGCAAGAUCUGCAACAAGAUGUUCGUCUCCUACCAAGGCUUCAACUUCCACAGCCGCUCGCACAGGAACCAGAAGAUGCUUCCCUGCAGCAAGUGCAAGAAGACCUUCGCCAACCCUCAGAGCCUGAAGGUCCACCAGGUGACGCACUCCAACAGGAAGCCACACAAAUGUCCAACCUGUGGAAAAGGCUUCAAGCUGCUGAGCGGCCUGCGCUGCCACCAGCGGACCCACGAGGACCUGAAGGCCUACCACUGCACCGAGUGCGGGAAGUGCUUCUCCAGCCUGCAGGGACUGAAGCUGCACAACCGCACGCACACCGGACUGAAGCCCUACAAGUGCACCGAGUGCGGGAAGAGGUUCACGCAGUCGCCGCACCUGAAGUCGCACAUGGUGACCCACACGGGCGAGAGGCCUUUCCUCUGCACCACCUGCGGGAAGAGGUUCACCCAGUCGUCCCACCUGAGGUCCCACAUCACGCUGUUCCACGUGGGCGAGAAGCCGUUCACCUGCACCGACUGCGGGAAGAGCUUCACCAUUGCUCACUACCUGAAGGUGCACCGGCUGAGCCACACCAAGGAGAAGCUGUACCAGUGCUCGUACUGCGAGAAGUCCUUCUCCUACCACAACUCCUGGAGAGCGCACGAAAGGAUCCACACCGGCGAGCGUCCCUUCAGCUGCCAGGACUGCGGCCAGAGCUUCAUCACGUCGGGCUCGCUGCUGAGCCACCAGAGAGCCAAACAUACCGGAGAGAAGAGCCACUACUGCUUCACCUGCGGGGAAUUCUUCUUCACCAGCUCGCUGCUGCGGAUCCACCAGCUGGACCACACCGGAGAGCGGCCGCACGUCUGCAGCUGCGGCAAGACCUUCAAAACCAAAGGAGUGCUGCGCUACCACCUGAAGAGGUUCACCGACCACCAGCCGGCCGAGUGAGGCGCCGUCUGAAACACACGGUUCUUCCUGUUGAUCUCAUUCCAAAGUGUUUGUGACUCUUUGCACCAGAAGCUGCUUUAUGAACCCUUUGAGUUUUUGCACCGAGCUGCGACACAGGCUCGUUAUUCAGAAGGUGCUGCUGGUUCAACGGCUCGUUACUCCAAAACCUCAACAAUUCAAAAAGCUUGAGUUUAUUUUAAUAUAAAAGUAAACAAUGAUGUUUAUGAACCUCAGCAGACUUUAAGCACAGCGCUGACUCAUCAUAAAACAUCAUUAUUGAUUAACAAGCACAUUGAAAUACUAAAUAUUAAAGAUCAGAGUGAGGAGCUCUGUGUCUGGUUUCAGAGUAACGAGUCUUUAGACCAGUUUGGAUCAUGUGAUGUAACAUGUAGACAGUUUAUUCAUCAUUUACAGUCAAAAACAACCCCAGCAGUCAUCAGCUGAUUUUUCACAAAAACAUUAUUAUUAUUGUUAUUAUUAAAAAUGUAACACUAAGAAUCUACGACUCUGAAACACUCCGAGAAAAAGACCAACAGAUGUUUGAACAUCGUCAUGACGUCAAACGAAAGAACCAAUUAAAGUCACAACGACUGCAUCAAUGUGUGUGUGUGUGUGUGUGUGUGUGUGUGUGUUAGUAUGUAUGUGUGUGUGUGUGUUGCAGGUCUUGGAUGUUAAAGCAAUUUUUUACUUUUAUGAACAUGUUUUCUUUUUAAUCUACGUCUUUAUUUUCAUGAGCUGAGAGGUCAGAGGUCAUCAGUAUGGGCGCCAUGUGUCAUAUUGUGAUGUCAUGCUGGUUUCUGAUUGGCUGGCAGGUUUCAUUGAUGUUAGUGUUUCAGUUACAGAGGGACGACUCCGUAAUGACGUGUCAACGAGUCGAUGAUGUCAUCCAGUGAGUCAUGUGACCUGUUAAAGCUGUGUCUUCAUGUUCUUCUGUUUGUCAA